AUGGCUGAUUCUAUCCCUUCAACGAAGAUUUGCAGGAACUGCAAGCAGGAGAAGCCGGCAGAUCAAUUCAUUUCGAAGACAAAGUCUUCCCUAACAUGUAGAAGACUUACGGCUAACUGUCUCGGCUGUAGGAAUCGGCAAGCCUCACGCGCCUCUAAGCGCACUGCAGAACAAGCUGAAUUAUCCCCAAUACGUCAAGAAGGAUUGCCAUUGAUAGACUUGCAACUACGUACACCAAUUAACUCACCAGCGGCGAAGCCACAUAGGGCGGUUGGCGAUCCCCCGCUUUUUCGCCGGAAUGAGGCACCCACGGUUCGGAUUACUCAGCCCGAGCAAUCAGUAUCUGAAGACAUUAGACGAAGCGAGCUAGCAGCAGCAAUUGCACGGGGUCUGCCCAAGAGACGUCGGGGACGGGGACGGCCGCCGAAAGCCAGACCAGACACUAGCAGUGUCUCCAACAUAGGAGGUUCGGCGCAACAUCCUGCGCUCACUCACCGAGACCAGCCUCCGAGGAAGCAAAUCCGAGCUGGAACCCGAAGGCAGAGAAGACUUGAGUUGCAGGCCGAAGACCUGGUGAGCGUGCUGCACUUCUUGGAGGACGAAUUUGCCGUGAAGGAGAGUCUGUCCAACGAGCAGACGUGGUGUACGCCGAUACCGCACGAGAGGAAGGUGUCGACCGCGCGAGAUUUCUACAAGGCGUUCCACGAUGUGGACGCUUUGGCAAUACGGACUUGCAUGCUGUGCUACCGACACCCGUUCGCCAUUUUCAUGUCGGAGCUGCUUUCCCGUGGGCGAGACCUUCUCGGCAUGUGCGGAGUGCGGUCGUUGCUUGAGGCGGGGUGUUCUGUCGCCUGCGGCCCAGCUUCACAGACGUAUUGGGGCCUCACGCCGGUUGAGGAGAAGCUUAUCGCGCUGAACUCAUGUUACGGGUUCGUCACAAGGUACAGCAUUGCGAGUAGCCAGAAGCAGAGUGCCCGCUAUCCGAAGCACAUCAAGGGCCACAUCACGGUGUUCCCGAACAAUGUGCAGGAGCUGGCCACAAAAGUGCUUCCCCACCCGCUCGUGCAAGUGAUGGAAGAGAUCCAUGUCUCGUGGCAGGGUGCGGAGAAGCCAGCGCCAAGCGACCUGUCAGGUUUAUUGUCGGUGAGGCGACGGGUCGUUGAGAGGGCCCUCGUCUGGCUGAAGAAGAACAACCCGCAUUACGCCGAGAUUGAGAUUGACGCGGCGGAGAUGGAGAGC